GUGUUUUGGCAUCUGCUGCGGCUGCUGUAGCUGUUGCGGCUGCUGAUUUUGCGGCUCUUGCGGCUCUGAAGGGCGCUGCGGCUUUUGCGGCUCUUGCGCCUCCUUCCGCGGCGUUGCUCUGGCCUGCUGCUCUCAUUCAGGUAGCCAGCACGCUCUCCAGAGGUGGUUGCUUCUGGCACUUGCGGCAGCGCCUCUUGCAGCACAGGCAAUCUGCCAACCGUGCUGACGUUGCGAAUGAAGACGGGCCGGCACCAGGAGAUGUGGUUGUGACUGGUGUUCCUGUGGAUUCCGAAGUGGCACAGUCUGAAGCGGUUUCUUCGGCUUCAGCGGCUGCAGCGUCUGUGGAUCUCACGGUGAUGACGCAGCAGGUGAGAGAUCAACGUGCUGAGAUUGCAGAGGCUUUGGUGCGCAACAUGAGGCAAUUCCGCCCCAACAUUUGCCUCCUGAGCAAUGACCAGAUCCUGCGGCACGCCUGUGACAUUGCCAUGGCUCCAGACUGGAUGCAGAACACCUACAACACUGAAGUGGACUUUACCUGGGCCUUUGCUGGCUUCAAUGUCCUGCUGAGCUCCUUCUUUCCUGGCGGCACCAAGACCAAGGCGGCUAUGGAUGAAGUGGCUGCAAGUAUGAAGUUGCCUGAUCCAUCGGUGGUGGACGAAGCCAAGAAUUUGCUGCAGAUUGCAUCUUGUGCCCGGGAGAUUCUGGACCAGUUUUGCGAAGUUACUCCCGCAGAGCAGGGCACCGUGUACACGGGGAAGAUUCUGCUGCUGCCCUUUGUGAUGAAUGGACAGGCCAGAGGCUAUGAUCUUCAAGAAGUCGAGGCAGACGGCUGGGCUGGGUGGGCCCUCCCGUUCAACAGAGACGAUGGCAAACUCAUGCACAUCACAAUCUACGCCAGGGAUUGCUUGCAUUUUGUCAAGGCUUUCCUGAACAAGUCUGGCUUGGGAGUCGGACGGUCUGAGCCUCGCAGCUUGCUUGCUCUUCAAGGGGAUGAGGAUGAGACGGUCGCCUUGGAGGCUCGCAACAAGAUGCUCCUGAAGAACAGCUUUUUCCAUGCCGCCUUCGAGCCGCAUCGUCAGGAGAUGCACAGGGCUGGAUUGCUCUUCUCAGCUGACAACGACAAGACCGUCCGCAACGAAAUGCUCUGCAUCCUUUCCACUUUGGAGCCUGGCUUUUCGCAGCUUGUGGACGGCGGGGUCGCAAUGACCAACUCGUCAAUUUGGGUCACAUCCAGCGGCUUCUUUUACGUGUUGCGUUUUGCACCCAUCCAGACGGCCAACAAGAAAUUCGUGACCCCGCUGUUCACAUUGAAGGACGACGAGGACGACGAGGACGACGAGGACGACGAGGAGGACGAGGAGGACGAGGCUGAGAUUGUGAAGGGGGACUUCGUCAACGAUGACUUCAUGGUCCGACAGAAAAGGGAAGUGGACGUGAUGUUCGCCGGGGGUGGAGCAGAUGAUUUUGGAUUGGUGUGGGAUGGCUACCAGGUGGAUUCUUGGUUUGUUUUGGGCCAGGGCUUGCAGAAUGAACGGGCUAUCGCAGUGAAGAAGAGCGGCACCUGCCACGUGGUGGCCUUGCAGCUUAUCCGCCGCUUGGAUGCUGUUGGCGCGCCCUACAGCAUCUGCGUUGCUCGAUGCCAGAGGGCUCCGGGAGGCCUCCACUUGGGAUUGCUGCAAGGAGGAGCCCAGCAGUAUUGCGCGGACACGAUGCGGCAGACCGGAGAUGCCAAGCAGAGCCGCGCUGCAGCACAGAAGGGCAGCGGCAAAAAAGGCUGGGGCAACAACAGCGGCUGGAGCGGCAACAGCGGCUGGAGCGGCAACAGCGGCUGGAGCGGCUGGGGCGGCUCUGGCAGCAAGGGCGGCUCUGGCGGCUGGGGCAAGCCAAGCGGGCAGGGCACUGGCUGGGGAGCUUCUGCGGCUCCUGAGGCAGAUCCAUGGGCCGGAUGGGAGACCAAUGACGAUGGGGGCAAUGAUGGGGACGGCAACGAUGGCGGGGACAGUGUGGCCCUACUGCAGCUCUGCAGCUGCGCCUCCUCCGUUGCAGGCAUGCACAGCCAGGCUGCAGCUUUGCUGGUUUGCUAUGGCCUGGGGAAGGUGGUUGCGGAGAAAUCUGCUGUGGAGACGCCGGACAGGAAAAACUGGAAUCCAGAAUCCUUCCUUUGGUUCAGUGCUGCAGCGAGAACCCGAGCUCUUUCGUUAGAGGUUUCUGGCGAUGUUGCCAGGUGUGGGCUGGUAGCUUCAGCAUUCAAGAUAUGUGCUGCCAUGGCGCCAACGCCUGUUGACCCUGCUGCUGCCGUCAAGCUUUGGCUAAAGGUUGCAAACUCUGGGGAAGCUAGCGACAAGUGGGGCCGUGUCCAGCGAGCUGCUCGGAGCUGCGUUAAGGGAAAGGAUGCCAACUUGCUGUCAUUGGUGCAAUUUCUUUUCAGGGAUUUUGACCUGGCUGUAGUUCCUGUUGCAGCCCUGGCUGCCUACAUGACUUAUCGAGCCGGUUGUCGAAUUCCACCCCUAGGGAAGGAUCCUGACAACGUGAUGCUGCAGAUCUUGCACACCGACAACCCUUUUUUGAGACUGGAAGGGGCCCCUUUUACCUUUCUAGACAGCUGUAGAGGCAGCUUCUUGCAUUCAUUGAUGAAGCACAGAGGUGACAAGGUGACGGACUAUUUGGUGAAGAUCUUGGCGACGCCACAUGUGCAACGACUUGAGAGUCGUGAACAGCUCGGGCUUGUGAUCAUAGUUACGUACCUUAGGUCCCCUGAUUUUGCUCAGUAUGUGUUUGAGACAUGCUCUCAGCAAAGGAUUUCAUUGCUCGGUGUGAUCCACCAAUUCUUCCGAGACACCAAUGGCGUAGGACAACGAAAGGCUUACAUGCCUUCCAGAGUGAUUUCCAAGCAUGGCAAGAAGUUGCGACCAAACCGUGAUCUGGGGCAGUUGCGCCUCGCAGGGGCAUUGAGUCUCUGUGGGCAAUUUUUGGAUGGCACGCUAGAUGCCAUUUUUGUGAAUGACAGCAAGAAAUCAUGGCUUGUGGAUCCAGAUUUGCUUCUUGUCAAGGCCGAGCUAACCAGCCACAUUUGUGUUGUGAAUGCUUGCAAAUGCAUCCACGUUCUUAAGCAACUGGAAAGCAAAGGAGGUGCCUACGGUUGCCCCCAGAAUCGCGGCUGCUCUUGGUUGAAGCAAGCUAGGAGCGCAGUCUUGCGCAAGGGAUGUGCUUCCAUGGUAAAAUACGGGCUCAGUAACGAAGAGGCGGUGCUCGCUCAGCCACAGUCAGAGGAAAUGCACUUGGUCUACUCAGGGGGAUGCAUUGCGCGCGCUGGCCGCAUGCGAAGGAUCCCUUUGGGUGCUCGCAAAAUCGAAACAGCGGCAGUUCGCUUCCCAACACAACGGGUGCGGGUGAAGACAUCCAAGCGUGAAAAUUUCACGUCCUGUGGAGAAGCCACGACUUUUCAAGGCAGCUAUAGUGGAGUGGAGUUUCGGUCCUCCUAUGAACUUCCCCUGAUGUCAUUGACUGAAAAAGCACAGGUCCUCGGCUCUGCGGCUUCUGCGGCUCCUCCGGAGGACUGGACAGAUCGCUUUGGGGACAAUGCAGUGCCACUCUUUUGGCAAGAGUCCAAGCCCAUCAGCUUUUUCAAUGCAAUCCUUGACGAGUACAAGGUGACCGCAGUUUUCGAUGUGACAGCCGGCUCCGGCGCAUUCAUGGAAGCCAGCCUCACCAGAGGCGUUGUCUACCACGGCCUGUGCUUGAACAAGGAACACCAGCACUGGCUCCAGGCCAUUGCGGACAGAGCCGCCUGCGGGCUAAUUACCUUGGAGGGAUCAACUCUUUUCAAUGAAGCUUUGGCAGGAGACGUGAAGAAGUUUUUCCCAGAUGUCCUGGAAAACUUGGCUCCCAAGGCACUGGUGCAUCAUUGGCUGCGUCUCCCACAGCUACUAGUGGUACUGCUGCUGUG